AUGCCAGCACCUUCUUCAAAUCACUACGCUAUUAUGCUCUCAUGUGAGCCGAUAUCCAAUAACAGAAGAGUGCUGCCUCGGUUCAAAUUUGAGAACGCCUGGUUAGCUGAUCCCGGCUUUAGCAAUUUUGUCAUUGAUAAGUGGAGUUCCUAUGGAGUUCCCCCGAUUGUUGAUAAGUUGGAAUAUUGCGCUUAUGAUCUCACAGAUUGGAGCAGAAACAAUUUUCAUAAUUUGAAGCGUGAAAUCAAUACUUGUCGCCAUAAUAUUGAUAGAAUGAGGAGUCAGGUGGAUAGUGAUAAUAUUCAUCAGUUUAAUGAGUUGAGGAGUUGUAUGACUCAGCUGUUAAUUCAAGAGGAUGCUUUUUGGCGUCAAAGAGCGAAGACUCACUGGUUACGGGAUGGAGACCUUAAUACGAAGUUCUUCCAUGCUGCGGCUUCUUCAAGACGAAAAAUUAACAAAAUUCAUUCGUUAUUGGAUCCAGAUAACAACCGGAUUACUGAUGAAAAUCAAUUGUGUGAUGUUGCUCGAAAUUAUUUUGUUGACUUGUUUCAGGAACAGAUUAGUGACACCGAGCCGGUCAUUGAGGCUAUUGAAGCUUCAAUUUCCAUUGAAGAUAACAAUAACCUGUUAGCACCUUUUGUGAUUUUUGAAUUUAAAGAAGCUCUUUUUUCCAUGAAGGCAGAUAAGUGUCUAGGGCUAGACGGAUUCAAUCCGGGUUUUUUCCAAAAAUUUUGGGCAUCUUGUGGCGAAGAAUUAUUCCACCAGUGUUGUCAAUGGUUAGAUACAGGUAGUUUCCCUCUAACUCUCAAUGCGACCACCAUAGCUCUUAUUCCGAAGGGUGAGUCUCAAACUUCUAUGAGAGACUGGAGACCUAUAGCCUUAUGCAAUGUGAUUUAUAAGGUGGUAGCGAAAGUGUUAGCAAAUCAACUCAAAGUUGUUUUAAAUAAGUGCAUUUCUAAUAGUCAAUUUGCAUUUGUUCCGGGUCGAUCUAUCCUAGAUAAUGCUAUGGCAGCCAUAGAGAUCAUUCAUUAUAUGAAGUCGAAACUCAAAGUUACAUUGGGAGAUGUUUCUCUUAAGCUUGAUAUAAGUAAAGCGUAUGACAGAAUUGAUUGGAGUUAUCUGAAAAGGGUUAUGAUAAAAAUGGGUUUUUCUGAUAGAUGGAUAAAUUGGAUUAUGAUGUGCAUCGAAACUGUUGAUUAUUCUGUUCUUGUCAAUGAUAAUAUUGCUGGUCCGAUUAUACCAGGAAGAAGCAAGAAAGCAACUUUUAAUUUCAUUAAGGAUAGGGUGUGGAAGAAGAUUAACUCAUGGAGCAGUAAAUGCUUCUCCAAAGCAGGACGAGAAGUUUUAAUUAAAUCUGUCAUUCAGUCUAUUCCCACAUACUUUAUGAGUCUAUUCACUUUACCGUCAUCUCUUUGUGAUGAGAUUGAAAAGAUGAUGAAUUCAUUCUGGUGGGGUCAAUCAGGAGCUCAAAAUAAAGGUAUCCAUUGGAUGUCAUGGGACAAGUUAUCUAUGCACAAAAAAGAUGGAGGCAUGGGAUUCAAGAGUUUAGGGACUUUUAAUCUUGCUAUGCUUGGUAAGCAGGGGUGGAGAAUUAUGACCAAUCCUCAAACGCUUAUAGCUAGAAUGUACAAAGCAAGAUAUUUUCCGCAUAGUAAUUUUUUUGAAGCUUCCUUGGGGCAUAAACCAAGUUUUGUCUGGAGAAGUAUUUGUAAUGCUAAAUUUAUCCUUAGAGCGGGAAGCAGAUGGAAGAUAGGUGAUGGGUCCUCAAUUCCAAUUUGGAAUAAUAACUGGCUUGUUGGUAAUGGAUACCUUACACUUCAAAAUCACGGUUCAACACGUUUUGAUAAUCUUAAAGUUUCAGAUUGUAUUAUUCCGGAAGCUAAAGCUUGGAAUGUUCCUUUCUUACUUUCUAUUUUUGAUCAACAUAUAGUGAAUCAGGUGAUGAAUACGCCUUUGUGUAUCCCUCAGUUCAUGAUGAUAGACUUGUUUGGACGAAGGAAAACAAUGGUGUUAAAUGGUGAUGAGGCAGCGUUGCUCUGCUGCAUUCUUUGGAGUAUUUGGAAGCAACGGAACAACAAGGUCUGGAAUGAUGUGAUUGAAGCGCAGUGGAAGAAACCAGCUGUAGGUCGAUACAAAUGCAAUAUCGACGCCUCUUUCUCUAAGCACUUAAACAAGGUUGGUAUAGGAAUAUGUAUAAGAGAUGACACAUGUACAUUUGUCUUAGCUAAAACUGAAUGGUUUAGUCCGAUAUGUGAAGUUCAUAUAGGAGAAGCUCUUGAUUUAUUAUCUGCUCUAGAAUGGGUUCACGAGCUUAAUCUUGGUCCUAUGGAUUUUGAGAUGGAUGCGAAAAAGGUUGUUGAUAAUUUCUUAUCGACAAAUCAUGAUGCAACUGAGUUCGGAAAUAUCAUUCAAAAUUGUCAAUCUCUUUUUAGGAAUUAUUAUGAAAACUCUAAGGUAGAGUUUGUACGGAGACAAGCAAAUGAGGCAGCUCAUGCUUUAUCUAAGGCGGCUACAUUGUCAGCUAGUUUCCAGUUAUUAUUUGUAAUACCUGAUUGUAUUGAACAUAUAUUGAUUAAUGAAAUUCUUUAA